UUGCCGACGUCGAUGCGCCGCCAGCGUCGCCCAAUCGUCCGUUUACCUUCUGGAAGCCGCGCGGGCGAAGAACCUCGGGAUUCUCCGAGCACUUCUCCCUCACGUGCACGACCGGCCAUUGACAAACUAAGACAGCAAACUUCAAACUAUAGUCAUUCUGGAAUGGACUUAGACAGCAGCGUCGUGCACGAUGAAACGUACUUCUUCGAUGACGGAGACUGUCUGUUCCAAGUCGAAAAUGUUCUGUUCAAUCUGCACCGAGUGAUUCUGGGCCGCGAUCCCGAAUCGAUGUUCCGAUCCAUGUUUGCAGACGCACAAGGCAGCUCUGCAGAAGUCAUUUCACUGUCUGGAGAUACCGCAGCGGAGUUUCGAGUGUUGUGUUGGGCGAUGUACCUCCUUCCUGGUGAUGCGUAUGCGCUGAGUAUGGAACAGAUCGGGGACACGGAAGUGAAAAAAUACUUGGAUCUUCUCAACAUGGCGCACAAGUACACACUGCCGCACUUCGAGAAGUGGGCGUGGGAGAUGUUAAGCAGCGUGGAAGACAUGCUGAGGCCGCUUCAAACAUAUUUGAAUGGCUGCCUAGAACCUGGUCUUGAAGCGGCAAUGGCUCUUGCCAUCCGAUGCAAUUUAUCAUCCCUCCUUGAUCUGGUCCUCGCGAUUUUGAUAAAAUCCGCUAAAUCGGGGGCAAUAUCAGCGUCUCGUGUCCUGGUCCUGGGCGAAAAAUAUCAGCAACGCUCACUGCAGACCGAAAUCUAUAUCAUACUCUGGAAUAGAGUUCAGGGCCGACAAGACGAGGGACAAGCUGCUUUGAUCGUCUCACCAUUGGUUGGAUUGGGAACUCAGCUCGGCCUCACAAAUGCACAGAUGCAGCGUUUCUUUACGGGGAUUGUGAUGCUCACCAGUAUCCUUGCUCAAAUAGUGAGCCCGGGUGAUCCGGGCACGCCAUGCGUUUAUCCAUCCAAAGAAUGUCCUUGUGCAGGGUCGACGAAUGAGUGGAGGCUGAUGUUGGCAGAGAACCGUCAGCACGCUAGCAAAUCCACGCGAACUGAAAUCCGCGCCAUAUUGCAAAACGCACAAAGCUACGGAGACAAAUACCGGUGCAUCGACGAGCACCUCAAAAGUAAAAAUUUCUGCUCUGAUAUCGAUACAUACUUUCUUGGGCCAGAACCCUCUACUAGUAGCUGA